CUGAAAUUGAUACCCGCUUCUCCAGAUAUCAAUUUACAUACCCACACUUCCUCACCGACUUAUUGAACGCCACCGUUGUAUGUGCAGACGGCGGAGAUCUUGUGCAGCGACUUAGUAUUAUCCUUGAGCCUCGGUGGGGUUGCUUUAUUCCACCGCGGAUUUCUAUUCAUCGGCCCAGCGUUAGCUCCUGGCCAUAUCCAUUGCGUGGCAUACAGACCUGAUAUUUACCACAAAUCAUCAGUGAAUAGAAACUCACCGGACUCACAGAAACCUGCGAAGCUCCAUUAUUGCCAUUUCUAUUUAAUCCAUCGUCAUCCCAGCAGGCCUGCUUCUGUCGCAACCCUUACAAGCCCAAUCGAAGUGGGACUCCUUGGACAGACUAGUAGGGGUACAUCGCGCCCCGUAAGACGAUUAUUGCGAGCCAACAUUUACUCAUUGAUAAACACCUGACGCCCUUUUCAGGGAACCGCGCUAAAGCAAACUUAAUCAUGGAGUUCAGGCCGCUUCAGGGCCCCGAGAAGUUGCAGCGAGUCACUCAGUUGCUGGGUUCGCUGAAGACAGACCUUGGGGAUAAAUCUCUUACAUCAAAGGAACGUGUGCAGACACUCCUAGAGUUGAGGCAACAUGGAACCAAUCCUAACAACGCCCGUCCCAUCUAUUCAAAGGAGGGAAUAGAACUAUUAGCAAAAUAUGGUGCUGAUGGGGACACACCUGAUGUGCGUCGGGCCGCCUUGCGCUGUGUCGCAAAUGCUCUCCUCUUAGAUGAAGCAAUGCGCCAGGUGUUCGUGGACACAGGCUACGGAGGCAAAUUAGCAGAAAGACUCAAGUGCGACUCCUCGGAGGAUGAAAUGGUGAUCAGCCGAAUCCUAUUUCUCUCUACGUACGACACUACAAUGGACUUCGAAGACCUGAUCAAACACCACUCCCUGGGUGACAAUGUCAACUAUCAAAUUGUCCGACACGCCAAACAAUUUCCCAAGUCCGGCAAGAAGUCAUUGUCGCAAAUCGAUGAACUGGCCCUCAUCGACACCCUGAAACUCAUUUUCAAUGUCUCCAAGAUCUAUUCCGAAUUGUCCGCGACAUUUUCAGCUUCAAUACCACACAUCUUCAAGAUGAUCAGCCGCAUUGAUAUCCCUCAAAAGCCUCUGGAAGGCUUACUCAGCUACCUUCUCAACUGCCUGUCUACGCUUGAUCUAGAAAACAAGAAAGGCAAAGUCUUCGAUAAUAGUCCGAUCUUCCCGACCUUCAACCAGAACUGCAAUGUCGAUAAACUGAUCAACAUCCUGGACCAAGCCGUGUCGGCAUAUGGCCCAGACGAGCUUGAAACCAAGGCUAUACCCCUCUUUCACUCGCUAGUCGUCAUCCAUGAGAUGGCACCAGAUGGGCCCCGUAAAUACAUGCAAUGGCUUCUUUUGCCAGAGGAUGGCGAUAGAAGCCGCCCGAUUGGGCAAUCCGACACCCUAUCGUCAAAGUUACUUAACCUCUCGACCACCCCCUACCCCAACCUGAAGACCGCCAUCUCCGAGCUUAUGUUUGUGCUCUCUGGAAAGGACGCUGAAAACCUGACGAAGAACAUUGGGUACGGGUUCGCCGCAGGGUUGUUGGCUUCUCGUGGCAUGGAGAUCCCCAAGACGGCAGGCGAAGCAUUCGCAACCAAUUCGAAUGGGUUCAAUCCCGAUAUCAAUCCGAUCACUGGCCAGAAGUGGGCAGCAGAGAAGCAGGAUGAGGGCCCCCCUAUGACCAAGGAGGAGAAGGAACGAGAAGCUGAAAGAUUGUUCGUGCUUUUCGAACGAGCCCGGGCGAAUGGCAUUCUCUCUGUGGAGAAUCCCGUUACGCGAGCCCUCCAGGAAGGGCGAUUCGAAGAGUUGCCCGACUCCGAUGAUAGUGAUUGAGCAGCCCACCUCUAUCCUUGUACCAUCACGGUGUCUCAGUCCAGACGUGGGCAAUUUUUGGUCUGGCCAGUCAUCUCAUAUGGUUAUCAGUACAUCGCCCUGGGCAUAAAUCGAGGACGCAUACGUGGGGAUAGCAUUGCGAGGGGUUCGUCUACACAGUUUGUCUUUGAAUGACAGCAUCAACGCAUUCAUCUCUGAUUUAGCAAGAGUGGCCUCGGUCUAAUCCCAUUAAUAAGCAACAGAGGCAGACACCGGGCAUGGCGCUUCUCAACAGUCAGCGACUUAGGGAGUCCGUGAAAACCAGUAGAUUAGAAUUAG